UUACCAUUACAGUUGUAUGCAGAAAAAGUAGCUGCCCGUGGUCUUUGUGCCAUUGCCCAGUGUGAAUCAUUACGUUACAAAUUACUAGGUGGUCUUGCAGUCAGAAGAGCUUGUUAUGGUGUGCUGCGAUUCAUUAUGGAAAGUGGUGCCAAAGGAUGCGAAGUCGUCGUAUCUGGCAAACUGAGAGGUCAAAGAGCCAAAUCUAUGAAGUUUGUAGAUGGUCUUAUGAUCCACAGUGGUAACCCAGUCAAUGAUUAUGUAGAUACUGCAGUAAGGCAUGUCAUGCUUAGGCAGGGUGUUCUGGGAAUUAAAGUCAAGAUUAUGUUGCCAUGGGAUCCAACUGGUAAAAUUGGUCCCAAGAAACCUCUCCCAGAUCAUGUCAGUAUCGUGGAACCCAAAGACGAUGUUGUACCAUCAACACCCAUUUCAGAACAGAAAGGUGGCAAGCCAGAUCCAGCAGCAACCCCUGUACCAGCUCCAGCACCGCCAGGACCAGUUCCUGGUGCCGCUGCACCACCUCAGCCAGGACCUCCAGCCCCACAGUUGGGAAUGUAAAAAUGGAGUGACCAAAUGACAUGUAAAGUUAUAUGAAGUAAAAAAAAUAUAUCAAAGUUCCAAUUUAUUGUAUAACAAUAAAUAAAGCAAUUUUGGAAUUGAUU